AUGUAUCAAUCAAUUCAAAGGUUCCCUCUCUCAGAGAUGAUUCAUUGGAUAUUGAAACUUGUAACAUUCUUUUGUAUCUUGCUGAAAAGAAUAAAAACAUUAGUAUAUACUUCUGAAGCUGUAGUUUGCAUUGUCAAGGUUGGAGGUGAAUCAACACAGAGUGUAACCAGUUUACCAAUUCUUACAAAAUGUAUUGAAGAAUUUUUGAAUACGAAAAAGCGAGAAUGGAAUAUAGAACUCAAUGUCCCAGAAAUCACUAGCAAACUUGCUACAAACGCAUUCAAUCCCGAAAGUAUCAAAAGCGAUGCCUGUACUCCAGAUUUAUUAGUUAGUAUUGGAAUACCUGCUAUGAUAGCCGCAGAGUUGAAGCGGUUCUACUCCCCUGCACCUGAAUCGGCACCCUCCACCUCAACGACCACAACGACCACAACAUCUCCAAAUGAACAAUAUCCUUCCACAAUUCCAAACAACCAAUCUGCAAGUACAACAACAACAACAUCAUCGACGCGUGGACCACAGUUAACAAUCUUGAGACAGCCAACAGUCUAUGCAUAUAGUUCUCCGGUUCCAUCCCCUUCCUCAUCGGAAACAGGUCAUAUAUUAGGUCGAUCAAUGGUUGGUACUAUCAUGUUUCCAAAUAUAGAACACAUCAAAAGAGUACACACUGAUGAUUUAAAGAAUUAUCAUUUCAACAAAAGGAAGGGCAAACCUGACAAUGUAAAAUUAGGUAAUGAUAUUGGGAAUAUAUCAUUUGAAGGAUACAAUCAAAAUGCAACCAUACACAAAUUAAAAAAGGUAGAGGGAUUUAAUUAA